AUGAACAACAAUGAUGAUACAAAACCAGGAAAAUGCAAUCACUGUGAAAAACCAGGACAUUGGAAAAGGGACUGCAGGAUAUUCAAAAAGGAACAAGAAGAAAAGAAAUCAACAUCCGGUUUGGCGCUUAUUGGUGUACAAAGAAAAAAUAAAGAAAUCAACGACUCAUACAAAUGGUAUGUAGACUCAGGUGCGAGCGACCACAUGACAAAUCGAAAAGAGUGGUUCGUCGAUUAUAAACAUUUUGAUGUGCAUUCGCUUGUACGUAUUGGAGAUGGUAAGCACAUUAUGGCAGUCGGAAAAGGUAACAUAAAUAUUCAUACUUAUGUUGACAAUAAGUAUGAUAAGGCUAAGAUAAAAGGUUACUUAGAAAAUGUUUUAUAUGUACCUGAUCUAAAGGUAAAUUUAUUUUCUUGUGGGGCAUACCUUGAUAAAGGAAUUACAAUGGUGACAGACAGUAAAAGUUGCUCAUUUAAAAUUAAUAAUCGUGUAAUUGCAGUCGGUGUUCGUGAGAAUAAAUUGUUUACAAUGCUAAUCAAAACAGAUAUUUCACAGGAAAUUGGACACUGUGCUAACGUUGCAGUUAAGAAAUUAACAUUAGAAUACUGGCACAAAAUACUAUGUCAUCAGAAUGUCAAACAUGUUCGUGAGUAUUUAAAACACAAUGAAAUAUAA